CCAUGGAGGAGAUCCACCCCACGAGCGCCCAGCUCAUCAUUGUCGACCACUUGCAUCAUCCUACACUUCGUCUCUUUCCUCCCACUGAUCUCCAUCCAUCCCUCUAUUUAUACCCCGCCUCCCGCACAUUCCUUCUUCACCAACUCCGGCGGCCGGCCAGUGCAGUGCAGCAGCACACGUACGUCUUCCCGGCCAGCUAGCUAGCUUUGUUGCUGGUGAUUGGUAUAAACUAAACAGUUAGCAUGGCGCCUCAAAGCUUGGAUCUUGGGCUGAGUCUCGGCCUGGGCGUGGCGGCGUUUCAGCCCAGCUUGAGCUUCUGCCACCCGGCCGCCGGCAAUGCCGCCGCUGUCGCCGGGGCGGCGGAGCGGGAUGCCAGCCCGGCCACGGCGGAGGAGAGGGAGCGGAGGUGCUCGCCCGCCGGCAGCCCGGUGUCGAGCGGCAGCGGCAGCGGCAGCGGGAAGCGCGCCGCGGCGGAGAGGUCGGCCGGCAGCGGUGACGAGGAUGACGACGGGGCCGCUCGCAAGAAGCUGCGGCUGUCCAAGGACCAGGCCGCCGUGCUCGAGGAGUGCUUCAAGACGCACCACACCCUCACUCCGAAGCAGAAGGUGGCACUGGCCAGCAGCCUGGGCCUCCGGCCGCGACAGGUGGAGGUGUGGUUCCAGAACCGCCGCGCCCGGACCAAGCUCAAGCAGACGGAGGUGGACUGCGAGUACCUCAAGCGCUGGUGCGAGCAGCUGGCCGAGGAGAACCGCCGCCUGGGCAAGGAGGUCGCCGAGCUCAGGGCGCUCAGCGCUGCGCCGGCGCCGGCGGCCCCGCUCACCACUCUCACCAUGUGCCUCUCCUGCCGGCGCGUCGCCUCCUCCUCAUCACCGUCGUCCGCCAACACGUCGUCGCCCAACAACAUCCCCGCCGCGCACCCGCACGCGCACGCCGCAGCAGCUGCUUCCAAUGGCGGGAGCAUGGCGUCGUCUCCGGCGGCGGCGGCGACGUUGCCCGCCCACCGGCAGUUCUUCUGUGGGUUCAGAGACGCCGGGGCGGCCGCCGCCGCGGUAUACGGGGUCUCGUCUGGGCUCGCAAAGGCGGUCAGGGCGGCCAGAUAGGCAGGCUUAAUUAAUUAGACGUUGUUGUCCUGGCGACGCCAUGGAAAUGCAUGGCCAAGUUGCAGUUGCAAAGCAAGUGUGGUAGCUGAAACUUAAAGCUUAAACUUUUUUCUGUAUUUUUAUAGAGGGGAAGGAACGAAUGCAUUCAAAUGUUUUUAACAAGGUUAGGAUCGGCUGAUGAGCUCCCCUGAGGAUGCAUGUCAUGUGUAUCCAUGCAUGUGAAAAUUGUUGAAAUUAAUAACAGUAGAUGAGCUAACCCUCUGUACCAGAGUUGAUUAUUAUUACAGUCCGUGUUCAGCUUAUGGUAUUCAGCUUAUGGUUUUUCGGCUGAUACUAUUUUGUUAUGAGAGAAAAAACACUAUAACAUGGUUGAUAAUCCAAUAAUGCCCCAUUUUGCAUU